UUUGUUUGUGUUUGGUUCGGCAGCUGCAAGUGGCGAGGGAGGCUGUGCCGAGAGAGCACGGGAGCCAUGGAUCGGAGCGCGGGUCUGUCUUCUGCGUACUUUUUUGACCUUUCUGAAAAUGGUACCGAUGAGACCGGCUCUGGUGACGAUGGCAACUACCAAGGAGAAGCAUGUUUCGGACAGGAGAACGCCGAUUUCAACCGGAUCUUCUUGCCCACAAUCUUCUCCAUCAUUUUCUUGACAGGAAUCAUUGGCAAUGGCUUGGUUAUUGUUGUCAUGGGCUAUCAGAAGAAGCUGAAGAGCAUGACUGACAAGUAUCGAGUACAUCUCUCAGUGGCUGACCUCCUGUUUGUUAUCACUUUGCCCUUCUGGUCUGUGGAUGCAGUGAUCGGCUGGUACUUCGGCAACUUCUUGUGCAAAGUAGUCCAUUGCAUUUACACAGUCAACCUCUAUAGCAGUGUCCUGAUCUUGGCCUUCAUAAGCUUAGAUCGGUACUUGGCAAUUGUGCAUGCAACCAACAGCCAGAGACCCAGGAAGUUGCUGGCAGAAAGGAUCGUCUACAUUGGUGUCUGGCUACCAGCUCUGCUUCUGACUGUGCCCGAUAUCAUCUUUGCUAGCACACGUAAGGUAACUGAUGAGCCGGAUGUAAAAUAUGUAUGCCAGCGAUUUUACCCUCACGAAACCUGGACAAUUUCCUUCAGGUUUCAGCAUAUUUUAGUAGGCCUCGUCCUGCCUGGUCUUAUAAUCCUGACUUGCUACUGCAUUAUCAUUUCCAAGUUGUCACAGUCAAAAGGCCAACAGAAGCGCAAAGCUUUGAAGACCACAGUCAUCCUCAUUGUUGCCUUCUUUGCCUGCUGGCUACCGUACUACAUUGGCAUCAGCAUAGACACCUUUGUCUUCCUUGGAGUCAUCCAGAAUGGCUGUUACUUUGAGGAGGUUGUGCACAAAUGGAUCGCCAUUACUGAAGCCCUGGCAUAUUUCCAUUGUUGCCUGAAUCCCAUCCUUUAUGCUUUCCUGGGUGCCAAAUUCAAGACAUCUGCCCAAAAUGCUUUGACCUCUGUUAGCAGAGGCUCAAGCCUUAAGAUUCUCUCCAAAGGCAAGCGAGGAGGACAUUCUUCUGUUUCGACAGAGUCGGAGUCUUCAAGUUUCCAUUCCAGCUAACAAUAUAUUUUAUUUUCUCUCAAUAUGUGUAAAAUUGGGACUUUCUAUAUAUAUUUGUUCUACGUGAUUUUGGAGGUUGAACUCCUUCAAGAUAAUGUACAAGUUUAUUCCCAGAUGGAAUGUUGUAUUUGCUUUUAGUUUUCUGUGGGAUUUAAUGGACUUAUUUAUAAAAUAAAAAACUGUACAUCUUGGUGAGUGUGUGUGUCUAGGAGGCAGGGCCUGAAUAUGUGGCUAGGAGAUACAAGUUUUACUGCUUGUCUGUCUAGUUAUGCAGAUGUUGAAUAAUGGUUGUGUUUGAGCUUUUUGUAUAUAAAAGAAGUAUUUUCAGUGUACUGGUUGAAAGAAGGCAUAAUCUUUUAUAUGGAUAUUUAGGCCUCAGGCCCAGAUUGCAUAAGCUGUUUUGGUUUACACUAGUUUAAUUGCAUUGCAGAAAGUGGGUGCAGUCCACAUCCUACAGAAGGCAAAUAUCAAAAUGCAUAAAAUUGAAUGCAGCUGGAUUGCACCCAGUGACACUUACAGCCAAAGUAUCUUCUUGUCAAGUGCUCUUUUGAUAGCAAAUUGGUUUGCAAAUCUUUUGCCAUUGUAAAGUUGUAAAUAAAAGUUUGUGAUAAAAGAAAACUACUUAGGAUUGUGUUUUCAUU